AUGGUUUUCUCUGAAUCCGAAGGGCAGCAUUUAUCUCCCGCGUAUCAAGCUACUGAUAGCCCGAAUUUGAACAUCGAGACCGCUACUUUGGCUGUCAAUCAGCCAGAAAAGGCCGGUUUGUUACCAAUACCAAAGAAAUCUCUAACUAUCAAGACCGAUAAGCCACGUCCCCAUCUUUGUCCCAUCUGUACCAGAGGGUUUGUAAGACAGGAGCACCUCAAGAGACACCAGAGGUCUCAUACCAAUGAGAGGCCGUUUUUAUGUGUCUUCUGCGGGAGAUGCUUUGCUCGGAGAGAUCUUGUCUUAAGACAUCAGCACAAGCUACAUGGGAGUCUGGUUGGCAGCAACCCACUUAGCAAUAUCUCAAGUUCCAGCUCGCUGGCAGAUAUGACAGAGUCCGAUAGCGUGGCCAACAGUGAUCCAGAUAAGCACAUCAUCAAAGUUGUGGGAAACAAGGAGUCUAUUUUGCCAACACCGAGCAACCCCCUGGCUAGAACAGCAGCUCAAUUGAAGAAGGAUGCCAGGGAGGCUGCCGCCAUGGCGAAGAUGGGCUCCAGUGCCAGCCCGAUUGCUUAUGCCUUGGCGGUACCAGCUUCGUCAUCUUCCUCUUCUUCGCUCAAUUCAGUUGGUACCGACUUAAGCAUGUCAUCGGACGGUAAGUCACAAUCGGUCUUACUGAACUUGGACCGGAAAAUCGAGGCCAAUAAGCCAAAGAGAAGGAAAAGGCAUGCUUCAUUCUCAGCAUCAAGUGCAUUCACAUACGUCAAUACGAAUGAAAGCUCAGAACAGAUGAUAAAAGCACUGGAAUCAAUUAAAGAUGUCCCGCAUCAGGUUGGUUUCUCCACGCCGCAGCUGACUGCUCAGCAACUCAUGGAUAAAGCGAUAGAAUCUGGCGUGACGGAUGCUGAGUUGCUCAAUAUGCCAUCUGAGUUUUACCUUGACGAUUUCAUGCCACCGGAAUAUCACAAUGAUCAUGACCAGAAGCGAAAACAAGACUAUUUUUCACUACAGCCUUCUAUUGGCGGUGGCAAGAACGGCGAUGGGCGGAAGCUGAAUGCGAGUUUCGAACAACCUCCAAGUUUGCCAAUGACGCCUGGUGCGUAUCUUUUGCAUGGCACGCCUUCCCUAACUAACUUCUUGACGAUGGGAUCAACAAUGGGAGGAGCGGGCGGCUUUGCUGCAAUAAGCUCCAGCGACUCGAACUUAACUUCCUUUAAAUAUCAGCCCUUUGAGCAACACAGCACCUUCUUCGAAGCGUCGCCUUCUGAGAAAUCGAAGAAUAACACAAUUGGUGGACAGCUUCAGCCAAGUUCUUCUACUAACGGACUUGUUGAUAGACCGAAUUCUCUGGAGAUUCAAAGCCACCGGACCAAUCAUGAAAAUGCUGGAGAAGAUCAAUGGUUCAAGGAAUUGAUCCAUGGACCUUUACAAGAACCAAAUUUCAAACUGGAUUUUGACCAUUUAAAUGACAUCGGUUUUGUCGACGCUUUUUCGAACUCCUCAUCCUCGGCCACGCCGCUACUGAGAGAGAAUAGUGCCGUGAAUUCUUUCUCACCUGGUUUCGGUCAUUCUCCCAUGUCGCCUAACCCAACGUCCGCUUUGGAAAGCGGACAGCUCGAGUAUAAAUCUGAUGAAAGUCAGGGAAGAAGCAACCUGCCUCGCCCUUCUUUUGGACAUAAAGGUAGCUUUUCUCUGGGACCUACAGUGUCGUCCAUGUUUACCUCAAGGCAAAGGGAUUUAUUCAAAAAGAGUGCUGAAUCCAGCGGAUCUUACACUUCCCCAUCUCCCAGGGUAUCGUCAUCGAGCGAAUCGCCGUUGAACGACGCAUCUAGGCACAGAAGGGGUUCAAAGCUGAAACUCUUUGACGAGGAGUUUCGCAAUGCCAUUAUCCUAGAAGCCAAAAUGCGAUCAGAGCUGUUCCCCAGUUUGGAUGAACUGAACAAUUACGUGAAUCUUUACCAAUAUGAAUUCCAUCGUUACUUUCCUUUCAUACAUCUUCACACCCUGGUACCGUCCAUGACUAACUACCCUAUUGUCCUCUCCAUGACCAUGAUUGGCGCUCUGUAUGCUUUUCAUUCGUCUCAUGCAAUGCUUCUGUCGAACAUUUGUUGGCAAAGGGUAAAAGAACUUCUGCAUGAAUUACGCUCCAAUCACCUAACAACACCUCUUUGGCUGAUUCAAAGUAUGAUACUACUAACUUUCUUUGGCAUUUUCAGCAAUGACCUAGAUGUUACUAAAGGCAUGAGCAACAAGAUCAUGAUUUUGAUUGAUUUAGUCAAGAGUACGAAACUAAAUAUGCCUUUGGAAUCCCUUCAAACGCCGCCCAUUGAGAGUGAUCAUAUCCUUGAAUUUCAAGACAACCCGGAAGUGCUGAAGAGAAUCAGGGCUGAGUACAAUACGCCCCAACAAAUUCGCAGGAACUUUGAUUAUUUUAUUUUAGCUCAAGCUCGCAUUAGGACUUGUCACACAAUAUUAUUGAUUUCGAAUUUGUUUUCAUCGCUAGUGGGUUUGGAAUGUAUGUUUCAUUCGAUAGACCUGAAGUGUGGCGUGCCGUGUUUCCAUGAGGUACUAUUUGCUUGUGAGGAUGCCACUGAAUGGGUCAAUAACUUGAGGAAAUUUCGGCUUGUUUUGGAUUCCAAAUUCUCGCUGAUCCAGCUUUCUAACGGUGAGGAUUAUGAGCAUUGUUUAAUGUAUCUAUCAACUGGGAGUCCAUUUUAUUACGAGAAUUCAAAGAUAUCUUUCAGAACUUUGUUAUCGAUGCUGAUAUCGGUGCAUGAGAAGAUAUUCCUCGAGAGAAGUACCAUGAGAUACGAAACUAACGAACAAAUGAACGAAAUCAAGUGGCGAAUGACUUCUCGCCCGAUAAUCGACUCAAUGCUGAAGUAUUGGGAGUCAAUAUUUCUGAAAAGCGGUGGCAUUCUAGCUUGCAAGGAAGAAACCAUUCCUUACAUCAAUGCGAACCCCGUAAUGAGGUUGAUAAUUCCCCUUCAUCUAUUUGCCAACAUAAGAAAAUGCCUGGACCUCAGAUACGUUAUUAAUAGGAUAUGGCUGAAGGACUGGGAGGCUAUGAACAGGGGCUUGGACAAUCUCUGUCCCGAUAAAGAUUCCCUUCGUGAAGCUUCCAACUACGCCUUGGGUAUAAUACAUUUCUGGGUUGAGACCGUCUCGGUAAUGAGAAACGCCGAAAGAACGGCCAUCAGGACGCCGAUCUCCUCGAUUACAUGCAUAUUGUCAUCUAUUCUUAUCGUCUCCGAGCACAUGAGGCGCGUUGAAUCCUGGGCACUAAAGUUCGACGCUUCUGAUCCGCAGGCACCCAUCAUCAACGCAUCCGAUAGAAUCACUUGGUUAAAGUCAGAAAAAGUUCUUAAGAAAGUGGAACAGCACCUGCUGCCGAAAGGCUACAACUCUCAAUCUUAUGCGGAAUUUCUGCGGUUGCAAGCAAAAGGAGCUUUGGAUGUCGAUGUCUUGGACAACGACCUCGCUCAGCAGGCAAUGAGGCCUGACACGGCAAUUGCAGAGACGCAGGAGGUAAUCAAAAAAGCGAGGCUUUCAUCGAGAUCACUGUAUCUCGGUGUAAGAAUGCUUGGCGAUGCGCCAAUCUGGCCGAUCGCACUACUAUUCGCUCAUGCGCUGCAAGCAAGAGCCAUAUACAAUCUCAAGACCAAUCCCGUGUCUCUCCCGACUGGAAGUACCAAGAUGCCGCAAUGA